CGGCCACUUUGCAGGAGCGCGGACUUUCUUCAGCGCAGUUUACCCAUGGCCUGUUUAGCUGUACUAAGGCAUCAUAAGUUCCUUAUGACCUCCUCUGCCGCGGCACGCACCUCCUGGCUGGACAACUUGAGCCUUCGGGGAAACCAGCAGUCAGGACGCGUGCUUUAGAUAAUGGAGGCUUUUGUGCAUCGUGGAUGGCUUGGCUGUGGCAGCUACGGAGAUGUGCAGCUAUGCCAAAUCAAUUCGCACGCGGCCGCCAUGCUUUUGGGCGAAAACUGCAGCAGCGUAGCUGGCAAUGCCCCGGUAGACCGCUCUAGCCGACAAAGUCCUUGCAAUUCCACACUGGUAGCGCUUAAGACAUUGAGGAACGCACAUAAGGAUCACAAGGUAAUGCGGAUAGCGCUUCGCGAGGUGCAAGUUCUUGGAAGCCUGGACCACCCCAACGUGAUCAAGCUUCGCUCUGCAUUCCGUUCGCCAUCAGGGCGCGUGAGCAUGGUCUUUGACUACGGCGGCAAAUCCGCACAACAGCUGCUCGAGAGCCGUUUCCCCAACGGUGUCCCACAACCGUUGCACAAACGACUGGCCUUCCAACUGACGCAAGCACUGCGCUACCUGCAUGCCAGACAGGUCGUUCAUCGAGAUGUCAAACCCGCCAACAUCCUCAUUGACUCCGCCGGCACUCUGCGACUGUGCGACUUUGGUUUUGCGCGCUACACAAUGAUGGCGUCAUCGCCAUCGUCCCAGCAGGCGCCCACUGACCCACGGGUCGCCGAGCCGCUGACGCCCUACGUCAUCACACGCUGGUAUCGCGCCCCUGAGGUGCUGCUGGGCAUGUCGUACGGCUCGGCUGUAGACAUCUGGUCGCUAGGCUGCACCCUAGCCGAGCUGGCCACCGGGCGGCCGCUGCUGCCGGGCUCCUCCUCGCUGGACCAGCUGGCCCGCGUGGAGGAGCUGCUGGGCCCUCUGCCGUACGACAUGGUGGUACGACACGGCCGUACGAGGCAGCAGCAGCAGCUACAGCAGCUACGGAAGAUGCAGCAGCCGCUGCAGCCACAGCCGCUGCAGCAGCAGCAGCGGGUGCAGAAGGGGGACGGAGGAGACGACGGGUUUGAGCGGUGUGGGG